CAGCGGGCGUAGUUUGUUUGGGGAGCAGAGUCGUUUUCCACGCGGUGGCUCUCUCUUCGGAGAUCUCGGACACGUGCUGCAAGAAUCUUUGGCGCGGUCAUUUCAGGCAAACUAAAAAUAGGCAUGGAUGUCGGUCCGGGGAUACCAUCCCCGACCACAGGUAUGACGUCACCGAGGUCACUCCAGACGCCUCCCAAUUUGGACAAUAUGACUUUAGCAGGGGGCGAAGCUAACCCCCCUUCAAACGGUGGUGUCGUCAGCCCCAAGCAACAUGUUGCUGGACUCUCGCAGAUGGGUUCACCCGGGUCCUCUCUGGGGCGCAGUUCAUCGGUCAGUCCACCGGGUCCGGCCUUGUCACUAGUGACAAGUAAACCUUACCAACCUUCUUCUUCUCAACCAAAUGGAGGAGUGCCGCCGAAUCUUCCGCGAUCUUGCGGACAGGGUCUCAUGCCUCAACAGCACCACUCUGUUGGGCAUCCACAGAUGGGGCAUGCUCCCCUGGGUUACCACCGAUCACUACAUCCCUCAUCAUCUCCCCCAGGAAUCGCAGCUGAUAUGACGACGAAUGACUGCCGACUAAUAGACUACAGAGGCGCGAAGAUUGCCGCGUUUCUGGUUCACGGGGACUACUUGUUGUGUCUGCCUCAGGCCUUCGAACUCUUUUUGAAACACCUCGUAGGAGGGCUGCACACCGUCUACACAAAGCUCAAACGACUGGACAUUACGCCCAUUGUCUGCAACGUCGAGCAAGUUCGGAUUCUGAGAGGUCUGGGGGCGAUACAGCCUGGCGUGAAUCGGUGCAAGCUUCUGUCUUGCAAGGACUUUGACGCCCUAUACAAAGACUGCACCACUGCCAGUCCAUGCUUGAUCUGGGAGCCAUUGAAUAAUUCAGCAAGUUUGUGUUACCUGAAAAAUAUCCCUGUUACUAUUUCGUUUUAAAAACUUAUGAAAAGAAAUCAUCAUUAUAAUAAAAAAUCAUUGUAAUAAUUAAAUCAUCAUUGUAAUAAUCUCAGGUAAUUUUGUAAUAAUAUACAUUACAGGCAGCAUAGUUAAACAAUAUACUUAUGUUGAGACUUUCAGUUGACGUAAAUAUGAAACUUAAUUUUCAGAAAUAUUACAUUGAUAUGAUCUCGAAAAAUGUAUGAAAAUUAAACAUUUUACUGCGCAUAUUGCUUUUGGGGUGAGUGAAGAAUAUCGGCUAAAAAGCAUAGAUGCUCAAAACAAAAGCUUUUUGCUGAUAGUGGGUAAAAAUAUACAAAAGUAAUGUUUUUAUACACUGUCUCCUUUAUACUUAUUAUUGUAAACCCAUUAUUAGUCGUUUAUACAUUUCUGAAAUUGUUCAAAAAAUUUGC